AUGAAAGUUAUUAUCACAGGUGCCGGCGGAUUCGUCGGCCAGACCCUUGCAAAGAAGCUUAUCGAGACCUCUCCCGAUGCGGAACUUAUCCUAGCCGAUGUCCAGGCGCCUCCGAACCCGACGAAGUCUACCAGAGUCGACUGUAUUGGAGCGGACCUGACGAAACCAGAUGUCCGCAAGGCUUUGAUAGAUCGCUCGCCAGAUGCCGUCUACAUCCUCCACGGCAUCAUGUCGAGUGGUUCGGAAGCGAAUCUUGAGCUGGGCUUGAGUGUAAACUUCGACAGUGUGCGUGGGCUCCUCGACACCAUCAGAGAAAAGAAACCUGGCAUUAAGGUCAUUUUCACUUCCUCGUGCGCUGUUUUUGGAAGAGCGGCCGUCAAUAAUGUCGCGACUGAGACGGAUAUUGUUCCCAUGCCUGAAAGCAGCUACGGAACACAAAAGCUGAUGGUCGAAUACCUCGUUAAUGACUACUCGAGGAGAGGCCUUAUCGAUGGUAGAGUGGUGCGCCUGCCUACGAUCUUCGUCCGCGCUGGAGCUCCAACGGCGGCUGCUUCAUCGUUCGUAUCGGGUAUUGUGAGAGAACCAGUACACGGACAAGAAAGUGAGCUUCCCGUCGAUCCAAACAUCGGAAUCUGGCUUGCCUCUCCUCGGACGCUGGCUCACAACCUUGUCCACGCCCUGAAUGUUCCUGCGGAGAAAUUCGGUCAUUUCCGAACGGUCCUCUUACCUGGGUACACAGCAACUAGUGGAGAGAUCUUGGAGGCCCUCGAAAAAGUUGCUGGAAAAGAGACAAGAGCUCUGGUAAAAGAGAAGAGGGACGAGAAGAUCGAGAAGAUUGUGCUUAGUUGGCCAGGGAAGUACGAUACGUCAAGAGCGAAAGAGCUGGGAUUCGCGGAGGAUGUUGGUCUUGAGCAAACUAUCAAGGACUUCAUCGCAGGCGAGAAGUAG